AUGAAAGGAAAAAAGAUAAAUGUAGGAAAUAUUUAUUAUUUUAUAAGCUUUCUAAAUAGUCAAUUUAAGAAAUUUCAAUAGUUUUUUCGAAGCCUAUUUAAAUAUCACCUCCAUCCACACCAGAAGAGAUUUAUACUUUAUACCCUAAAUCUAGUCGAAGUACUAUCAAUAAUAAGAAUACUAAUGUUCAAUCUAAUUGCUCAAACUCGUAAAGUAUUCUUCGAAAAAAUAAUAAUUUAAACUUAUUUUAUUUUCCAAAGAGCAUUUCCCCAUAGAAAAUAAAAGAAAAAUAAAUAUAAAUAUCUCCUUUGAGUUUAAAUAAAAUUAAACAUGAUAGUUUUGCUAGUCAAAAAUCAUUACGUUAACCAAAUAGAAGAGCAACUAAAUUAUGCUCUAAAGUUUUAUAAAAAUAUAAAAAUAAGUAUUUUAUAUGA